CUAAUAUUGUUGUUGUUUUAUACCAGAAAAUUCAAAAUUAUAUAAAUAUUAAUUUAAUUAGUUUUAAAAAUGCUUAGUAACAACUUAUCUUGUGAUUCAAUAUUUAUUAUGUCACGUCGCCUACGUAAAUGGUUAUAUUCAAGCGACUCUACGAUGUAUAAUUAAAAGUAUGUUAUGUCAGAGGACACAGGUUCACAGCCUUAUUCAAAGUAUACAUUCACUGACCUUAGUAAGUUUACAUUUUUAUCAGCCAGUUAUCAACUCUGUUUUGUAUUAAGUACACACAAUGUCUGCUCGUCAAAAACUUUGUUUGAGUAUUGGUCUUUUUCUUUGUUUCACAUUGUGUCUCUUUAUUGUUUUAAUAAUUUUGGACCGCCCAGUGAAUCAAUACCAGUUAGAGAAGGUAAUAAUUUUAAGCAGACAUAACUUAAGAACACCUUUGUCUAAGGACCUUGAUAAAAUCACUCCUCUUAGUUGGCCGAAAUGGAAGGAAGAACCUGGAUAUUUGACAGAAAAAGGUUUUGUCUUAGAAGGUUAUAUGGGUUCAUUUUUUAAAUAUUGGCUGAAUAGCAAUGACCUUUUGCUAAGUGGUUGCCCGAAAAAAGAUGAAUUUUAUGUCUACAGUAAUAAUAUGCAGAGAACUCUUAUGUCUUCUAAAGCGUUUAUAACAAAAGCUUUUCCCGGUUGUGAGAUAACAAUACACCAAAGCACUAAAAAGUAUGACCCAGUAUUUAGUCCCUUUAUACAUAAUAACACAGAUAAUUUUAGAAAUAUAGCAAUAGAAGAAAUGGAUUCUGUAUUAGAAUCUUUAAUUUUAAAAUCUUCAUACAAUUUUAUGGAAAAUAUUCUUGAUUAUCAAACUUCAGAACUAUGUAAAAUUGAUAAAAAAUGUGAUAUGGCUACAGAAAAAAACUUGAUUAAUAUUACAGUAGGAAGAAAACCAUCUGUAACGGGUCCAAUAAAACUGUGUAACAUGGCCAUAGAUGCAUUUUUCAUGGAGUAUUAUGGUGGCCUACCAAUACAUGACAUUGCUUGGGGUAAAUUAAGUGAUAUGACAGAUUGGAAUCAAAUCUUACCCCUGACCUAUGGUUAUCAUAAUGUCACUUUUAACACCACUCAUGUUGCCAAAGAUAUUGCCAAACCUCUUUUGAAAUACCUCUAUAAUUUAUUCAUUCAAAAUUACCCAACAGUCACACUCUUAAUGGGACAUGAUGCAAAUAUAAAUGUACUCUUAAAUGCAAUGGAUUUUAAGCCUUUUAUAUUGAAAAAUGAAUUUGUGCCUACCCCUAUUGGUGGUAAAUUAGUUUUUCAAAAGUGGAAAGACUUGAAUAGUAAAAAGUUUUUACUUAAAAUUAAUUAUGUAUACCAGUCUAUUGAACAAAUUAGAAAAGGUACAGUUUUAUCGAAAAACAAUCCACCCAUGUUUCAAUUAUUAGAAUUGAAAAACUGCAAGGCAAAUGUUGACGGAUUUUGUGAUUGGGAUGAAUUUUUGAAUUUUUUGCAUACUAUUGUUUUGUUGUAAUGUAUCUAGUCAA